ACGUGAGUUGAGAACUUUCACAUGAGCAGUAGUUUUAAUCUGACUGGAGACCAGAGUCUGCACGAUACCAUGAUCGUAGCCACAAUACUCCUCAUUUUACUCGUAUAUUUGGCUGCGGUUUUCCACGCCAAAUGGAAAGUAUACAAGUUCCUCGUUAGCAACUUUGCGAGCCCCCCGAGGCACCCAAUUACCGGCACCCUCCACCUGUUCCCUUUGCAUGAUCCUCCAGGUAUUUUCAAAGUUCAAAACAAUUUACUGCGGACCUAUGGAAAGAACAUCGUGUUGACCCGACCCAUUUUGGAUGCGUCCCUCGUUAUAUCGAACCGCCAGGAUAUUGAAAAUCUCCUCGCGAACCCAAAUACGAAAAAAGCAAAGAAGAAUGUCUUCUACGAACAAGUUGAACCUUGGCUCGGUACUGGUCUUUUAACGUCAUACGGAGAGAAGUGGUUCAGUCGGCGUAAGGUUAUCACCCCAAGCUUCCACUUCAGUAUAUUGGACGGGUUUGUUGAUGUGAUGGGUAAACAAUCAGACAUCUUGGUGCAGAAUCUGAAAGAACGGGUUGGAAAAGGGGCAGUGGAUAUUAAUCCAAUGAUCAAUGCAUUUGCCUUAGAUGUGAUUUGCGAAACAUCUAUGGGAGUGAAAGUCAAUGCACAGGCUGAUCCUAAUUCGGAAUAUGUAACAUCCGUUAAGGAAAUGACGCGAGCCUUGCAAAGACGCUUUCUGCAUCCACUCUCGAAAUAUGAACCCCUCUACAGUCUAACAAGCAACAGUAGGCUGUUAAAGUCGCUCCUGAAAAUUCUGCAUGGAUUCACUGAUAGUGUGAUUAAGGAGCGCCGUGAGCAGCUUCUGAAGCAAGAAGCUGUUCAGAAAGGAGCUCGUAUGAAUUUUCUUGAUAUUUUGCUUCAUGCGACGAUCGAUGGAAAACCGUUAACCGAUUCGGAUAUUCGCGAGGAAGUCGAUACAUUCAUGUUUGAAGGACACGAUACUACAGCUUCCGGGAUAGGAUUCACAUUGUAUUUGCUUGCAAAACACCCCGAAAUUCAAGAGAAAGUCUACCAGGAAUUGGUGGAUGUUUUUGGAAAUAAAGACAACAUGGAAAUCACACAUAAAAAAUUGAACGAACUUACAUAUAUGGAAAUGGUUUUGAAAGAGAGUUUACGGCUUUUACCUCCAGUUUCAAAUAUCGGUCGGCAAUUAUUGGAACCAACUGUUAUAGGCGGAGUAACUGUUCCGGUUGGAGUUAACAUGUCCCUGGCAAUCUAUGGAAUGCAUCAUGAUCCUGACUACUUCCCCGAUCCAGAGAAAUUCGAUCCAGAACGAUUCAAUCCCUAUAAUGUUGGAAAAGUCAAUCCUUUCUCGUACAUACCAUUUAGUGCAGGCGGACGAAAUUGUAUCGGACAGAAAUUUGCCAUGUUGGAUUUGAAAGCUUCCGUUGCAAAAGUGAUAAUGAACUUUCGCCUAUCCACGAAACAUGAAAUCAUUUUGCAAUCUGAUGUUAUAAUGAAAACUUCCAAUGGUAUUUAUGUGACGGUUGAGGAAAGAAAGAUGAUUAUUGCCGGUGUCGCUUUUCUAAUAGCAGUGGGAGUAAUUGUUUAUAGGUUAUACACUUAUAAGAGGAUUAUAAACCACCUCGAAAAGGAAUUUCCUGUUCCACCUGCGAAUUGCAUUUUAGGCCAUUUACCUGAUUUCUACAAAAAAGAUCUUCCAGACAUUUUCCAAGUAUUGUUGGGUUACGUACACAACUAUGGGAAGAAUAUCUUGAUAUGGGGUGUUGGCUACGUCUCCACUCUUAUCAUAUCUGAACCUGAAUACGUUGAAGUUUUACUAUCAAACGCAAAUUCUAAAUCGGCAAAAAAAUCAAUUGAAUAUGAAUAUCUGAAGCCAUGGCUGGGUGAAGGACUUCUAACGUCUCACGGAGACAAGUGGUUUCAGCGAAGGAAAAUUAUUACGCCCAGUUUCCACUUCAAUAUACUUGAACAAUUUGUUGAAGUUAUGAAUCGACAGUCUGACAUUUUUGUAAAAAAGCUGGAACCUAAUUUGAACAAGAAGAGUUUCGAUGUGAGCAGCUAUGUCACCCUUUUCACACUAGAUGUUAUAUGCGAAGCAUCUAUGGGGAUAAUCAUCAAUGCACAGUCCGAGCCUGAUUCUGAAUAUGUUGUAUCUGUGAAAGAAAUAUCAUCGUUGAUAUUUGGUCGAAUAUUCAAAUUUACGCAUAGAUUUCCGGGACUAUUUUCAUUAACACCAUCUGGAAGAAGACACUGGCGCCUCAAAAGAAAAUUGCAUAAAUUCACAGCAAAUGUCAUCGCUAGCAGACGACUCAAAAUUGCAUCGGAUUCAUAUAAUCCAGAACAGAAACUAAACUUCAUGGAUAUGUUGCUUCACACUCGCGUGGAUGGAAAACCACUUUCUGAUGAAGAUAUAAGAGAAGAAGUCGAUACUUUCAUGUUCGAGGGCCAUGAUACGACAACUUCAGGAAUCGCAUUUACACUUUAUCAGCUUGCUCAACAUCAGGACAUACAGCAAAAAACCUAUGAAGAAGUUCACGAAGUUUACGAGGAUGACCCACAAAUGCCCAUGACAUACCAAAAGUUAGCUGAAAUGAAAUAUCUCGAAAUGGUUAUUAAAGAAACAUUACGCAUGAUGCCGUCCGUUCCACUGAUAGGGCGACAACUAACCGAAGAUUGCGUACUAGGAGACAAAUUACUCCCGGCUGGAACAAACUUGGGAAUCAGUGUGUAUUCCAUGCAUCACGAUCCUGACAAUUUCCCAAAUCCUGCAAAGUUCGACCCGGAACGUUUCAAUCCAAAUAAUCCUCCAAUUCGGCAUCCAUUCUCUUAUAUACCCUUUAGUGCUGGGGCUCGUAAUUGCAUUGGUCAAAGGUUUGCGAUGCUAGAACUGAAGACGGUUCUAUCCAAAACUAUCAUGAAAUAUCGGAUUCUACCAAGCGAGACGGGAAACGAUAUUCUCCUCACAGCUGCCUUGAUUUUGAAGUCGCAAACUGGAGUUCUUGUUCGAUUAGAGAAGCGAAGAAAAAGGGAUGUACGCAGUAGGUAGAAAGGGGGCUGUAGCGGCUUCAUAAUAGAUUUGAAGUAGGAAUUACCCCAUAAGCAUUGUUACUAUUUCAUAUUUUUUAUAUUUUUUAUUAAAGAUCCAUCAAACUUCA